AUGAUGAAAGAAGCAGUGUCAGCUGGCUAUAAGAGCAAACCGCUAUCUCUUGGUCAUCACGCAACGCAAAGAGAUAGAGACCCUAAAUCACCCGAUAAUCAUGGCCCAUCCAGAGAAGAAAGAUAUAAGAAAGCUUCUAGCUUCACUCCUCAACGAGAAAAUGAUGAGAGAGGUGCAAGUCACACAACCCGUGCGGAAAAGGCCAAAAAUCAAGACGAAGGGCUAUCCAAAGCCAACGCUGAUUGCGAGGUCGGGGUAUCGAUUGACUCUUCCGAAGGCGCUCAUCAGGACUCUCAACGUAUCGAUAGACCUGAAGAUCUACGGGAAACAAAUUUCCGGAGCGUUUCACGGAAUCACCGUGUAAUAAAACCAAGCGGGGGAUUUUUCUCUGGAUUUACUUCCUCAAUCUCGUUAUUCUCUGAUCGGACGGAAGAACCCAACAACAGUAUCGAAAAAAAUAUCGCCAAACUAGAAGAUGAACUCCGUUUCAAGGACAAGCAGUUGGAUGAGGUCAACGCGCGCCUUCACAAACAGGGCAGAAUGCACCAGCACCAAACCCAAGAAUUGAAGCAAAACUGGGCAAAUAAAUGCCAGGCAGUUUGGCAGGAGCGCUCUCAUUUUGAGGCCCAAUUGAAGACAACAAUGGCUCAGCUAGAAUCAGCCAAGAAAGAGAUACAGCAACAGGAAGCGGUAGUCACUAACAUUCGUGCCAGGCAGAUAUCAGAUCUCGCCUCUGACGUCUCAAACGAAUUACCGGACGACAAGGUACGAGAAACAUUGAGGGUCUUUUUCCAGGGGGAUUUCUUUUCUUGGUGCUCGGAUCUUUGCGCUCCAGAGUUGAAGGAUCCAGAUCAAGUGGCAGCGCGUCUCCAUUCGAUGAGUCUCCUAAACACCCACGAGGCUUACCUUCGGGCUCCUGAAUUUCUCAAACUAGAUUUGGGACUAGGUGAUGGUGAGGCGUCAUUGCCUCUGCUACAAGCAGCGCUUUCCAGCUUUCUUUGUCGCGAGUUCUUGGCAUCCCCAUAUUUUCUCGUGGAUAUCAACCCCGAGUUGCACGGGGGGAGCCAAGCUGCAGGCAGUGUGGCCCUCGAUGCAAUUGAGUCGGCCUUGGCCAAGGUGCAACCUGAUGCCGCUAUGGACUGGCGAAUCAGUACACUGCAAACCUUAGAGAAAUCUACACCCAUGACGACAGAGGGAGCGGAAUAUUUUGCAACAGUCUUUCUGAAUAACUUCCAAUUUUUGAUCAACGAAAUAUAUUGGGACGACAAGGACGCGAAGAGUGAUCUGGUCAAGAUAAUCCAGAGCUUUGCAAACCUGUCUCUGCGACUCUGGAAGAAGAGGGGUUAUAUCUACGUGCACUACAUUAACCGCUUCGCGAACGAUCCAUUUCGUUGGAAGUCUCCCUGGAUGGAUGCUGACGCCCAGGCGCUUGCCACUCUAGGCUCGCAGACAGAAGGGCGGCCUAUUGCUCUGCUCAUGAGACCUAGUAUUAUUUCUCAACCAUUGGCGAGACCUGGUGAUGUGAAAGCGGAGGUUCCAUGGCUGAAGGCGUUGGCCUGGAUCUCCAGCCGUGUCGAUGGGGAUGAAACUAUGGGCCAGUAA